AAAUGACAGUCCAAUCUCUAUCGUCAUAAAAUAAAGUCAUUCUCCUCUCUAGUCUUUGGGGUCAGGCAAAGAAACUCCCGUCGUCCUCGUUCCCCUUCCUUUGCUGCCGCCUCCGCCUCCCCGGACAGAGGGGUCUUCAGAGGUGCACGGCCGCGCGCUCCCGAGGCAGCCAGACUCCGUCAGUCAGUCAGACCGCCAAGCCACUCAGAAGGGAUUCCUGGCUGAGUUCCAGGUCGGCGCACUAAUACAAGCUGCCAGGCUCCCGCCUGACUGACGCCUCGCUCACUCGCUCGAUCCCUGGCUGGCGGGCUGGCUGGCGGGCUGCUGCUGCUGCUGCUGCUCUCGCUCUGGCCUCUGCCGCCGAGUUCCUGCAGCCGCGUCCCUUCGCACGUUAGGAGGAGGGGGAAGUGUGAGCCACUCGCUCCAAAGAAGUUGGCGCAGUCCCGGGAAGGCGACGGCUGGGCAUCCGGCGGGAAGGGCAGGCGGCUAAGGCGUUCAACCUACGGGCAGAAUUGUUUUCUAUUUGAAGAUCCUGGGAUUAAAUAUAUCUAGCAAACCCCAGAGUAUGUGGAGAAAAGGCUGAUUUUGAAGGAGUAUCUCUUCAAAUAGUGAGAUUCUUCAUUAAAGAAAAAGAAGUUGAAUAAUUGAAAUUAUACCAGUAUUCUCGGAUUCUUAUGCACUCCAGCACCCCUAUAAGUUCUCUGUUCUCCUUCACCAGCCCAGCUGUAAAGAGGCUAUUGGGCUGGAAGCAAGGAGAUGAAGAGGAAAAGUGGGCAGAAAAAGCUGUUGACUCCUUGGUAAAGAAGCUGAAGAAAAAAAAGGGGGCCAUGGAGGAACUGGAGAGGGCACUUAGCUGUCCUGGGCAGCCCAGUAAGUGUGUGACAAUCCCACGCUCUUUGGAUGGAAGGCUGCAAGUAUCUCAUCGCAAAGGUUUGCCGCAUGUCAUUUACUGCAGAGUGUGGCGCUGGCCUGAUCUACAGUCUCACCAUGAGUUAAAACCUCUGGAAUGCUGUGAAUUCCCAUUUGGCUCAAAGCAGAAAGACGUCUGCAUUAAUCCUUACCAUUAUCGAAGAGUGGAAACCCCAGUGUUACCUCCAGUGUUGGUUCCAAGACAUAGUGAAUUCAACCCACAUCUUAGCCUCCUUGCCAAAUUCCGGAACACGUCUCUUCACAGUGAGCCACUGAUGCCUCACAAUGCAACUUACCCUGAUUCGUUCCAGCAGCCUCCCUGCACCCCUUUCCCAGCAUCCCCCAAUAUGUACUCUCAGUCACCAAGCACUAUGAGCUACCCAGACUCCCCAGGAAAUUCUUCUGCACCGGGAAGUCCUUAUGAGCUCACAGCUGAUACACCUCCUCCACCUUAUAAUGCCAGAGAAACAUCACGAAGCCACAAUGGAUGUCCUGUACAUGCAGUUAUAGAGAGUCCAUUAGUGCUGUCACUGCCCAAUGGAGGUAAAUCUACUAAUGGAGAGCCUGAAAACUUCCGCCCUGUUUGCUAUGAGGAACCACAGCACUGGUGUUCAGUUGCAUACUAUGAACUUAAUAACAGAGUCGGAGAGACCUUUCAGGCCUCUUCUCGAAGUAUACUAAUAGAUGGCUUUACAGAUCCUUCAAACAAUAAGAACAGAUUCUGCCUUGGAUUGUUAUCUAACGUUAAUAGGAACUCUACCAUAGAAAACACCAGAAGGCACAUAGGAAAAGGUGUUCAUCUGUAUUAUGUUGGAGGAGAGGUAUAUGCAGAGUGUGUGAGCGACAGCAGCAUUUUUGUACAGAGCCGCAACUGUAACUAUCAGCAUGGUUUCCACCCAGCCACUGUCUGCAAAAUCCCCAGUGGAUGCAGCUUGAAGAUUUUCAAUAACCAACUCUUCGCUCAGUUGCUUGCCCAGUCAGUUAACCAUGGCUUCGAGGUGGUGUAUGAGCUAACCAAGAUGUGCACCAUACGGAUGAGCUUUGUUAAAGGCUGGGGAGCAGAAUACCAUCGCCAGGAUGUUACAAGUACUCCAUGUUGGAUUGAGAUCCAUCUUCAUGGACCUUUGCAGUGGCUAGAUAAGGUGCUGACCCAAAUGGGUUCCCCACAUAAUCCAAUAUCCUCUGUUUCGUAAGAAUCAUCUCCACACACACUAGGGGACAAAUACUGCUUCUGGCCUUAGCUUGUAGAAUUCUCCCUUAAAUUUCUGUAUAUAGCUGUAAAUAUGAUUGUAGAUAUAUAUAACACACUAUUACUGUUUUUCAUGCUGUAUUACAUGUUUUAUUAGUUAACAAGAUUGCAAAAAGUG